GGUGUAGUUUGGAGCGGGGCAGCUGCCAUAGCUAUGGCCGCCUCGUGCUCUGACGGUUCCCUGUUGAGGGGCUCGAGCUGCUUCAUGGACAGUUCCCCGCUCCCCGGGCAGUUUGAUGAUGCGGACACCGAGCUCAGUGAUUGUGGCUGUCCUGAGCAAACACAACAGGCAGCACGAAAAGUCAACAGUUUAUAUCUGAGUAACUCGGAGGAAGAGGAACAUUAUAUCGCGAGUGAUGAUGGCGAAGAAUGGGACUGGGAUGAUUGUGAUCGAGACCUCACCAAGCGCUACACUGCUUCCAGGGGUUACAACCAGCAGGCAAAUCGGCAAAUUUCUUGUAAUUCAGCAAAGAUGUCCACUCCGACAGACAAGGUUCUGAGAAAGUUUGAACAUAAAAUUAAUCUUGAUAAACUAAAUUUUGAUGACUCUGUGAUAAACAGAGUAACUGAAAAAUCAAGACAGAAACAUACAGACAUGUUUCGGGUUAAAGAUAAAUCUGACCGAGCCACUGUGGAGCAGGUUUUGGAUCCACGAACUCGAAUGAUCUUGUUUAAAAUGCUGAGCAGAGGAGUGAUAUCACAAAUUCAUGGAUGUAUCAGUACAGGCAAGGAGGCAAAUGUAUAUCAUGCAACAACAAACACUGGAGAAAGCAGAGCAAUAAAGAUCUACAAAACUUCAAUCUUAAUUUUUAAAGAUCGUGACAAAUAUGUUAGUGGUGAAUUCAGAUUCCGCCAUGGAUAUUGCAAAGGAAAUCCAAGAAAAAUGGUGAGGACUUGGGCAGAAAAAGAGAUGAGAAAUUUAAUCAGGUUGCAAACAGCAGCAAUACCAUGUCCAGAACCGAUCAUGCUCAGGAGCCAUGUGCUUGUUAUGGGUUUUAUUGGUAAAGAUGACAUGCCGGCACCUUUGCUGAAGAAUGCUCAUUUGUCAGAAUCCAAGGCCCGUGAACUAUAUCUGUUUGUUAUUCAGUACAUGCGAAGAAUAUACAAAGAUGCUAAACUGGUUCAUGCUGAUCUCAGUGAAUUUAAUAUGCUGUACCAUGAUGGGGGAGUUUAUAUAAUUGAUGUAUCACAGUCAGUGGAACAUGAUCAUCCAUGUGCCUUGGAGUUUCUCCGAAAAGACUGUCUCAAUGUCAAUGAAUUUUUUCGUAAACAUGGUGUUGCUGUGAUGACUGUGCGAGAACUUUUUGAAUUUGUCACUGACCCUUCAAUUAUGGAAGAUAAUCUUGAUGCUUAUCUUCAGAAGGCAAUGGAAAUAGCUGCAGAAAGAUCAGAAGAAGAACGAUCCAACCAGGACAAAGUAGAUGAAGAGGUGUUCAAAAACGCCUACAUACCCAGGACACUGAAUGAAGUGAAACAUUAUGAACGGGAUGUUGACAUAAUGAUGAAGCUUAAGGAAGAAGAUAUGACUACAGAUUUACAGCAUGACAAUAUUCUGUAUCAGACAGUGACAGGAAUGAAGAAAGACUUGAGUGGUGUGCAGCAGGUACCUGCCCUUCUUGAGAAUUUGCAAGAAAGUGAUGGAAAAUCUAAUUCUGAUAAUGAUAGCUCUGACUCCGAGCUUGGCUCUGAAGAAGGAGAAAGGAUUCAUCCUAAAGACCAUGUGCAGGAAAGUGAAACUAACAAAAAGGACAGAAAAAGACUGGUUAAAGAAGCACAGCGAGAAAAACGAAGAAACAAAGUACCCAAGCAUGUCAAAAAAAGGAAAGAGAAGGUUGCCAAAAUGAAGAAAGGGAAAUCAUAGAAAUUUGAAUUGUGCUUUGUAAAUGAUUGACAAUCAAAAUACUCUGGUCACCAGCAACUUUAAUACCAACUUAUUAAAUGAGGAAGUCCAUUUGAUUCACCUUGAGCAGAAUUUUAUUGCCAGGUACCGAUUGUGCCUUUGGGAUGAAACGCUGUUUGGGAACACAAAUGGCAACAGCUUGAUCCAUAAGGAGAUUUUGGAGAACAUGCAAACUAAGGCACUAUCUUUGGGAGACCCAGUCAAUUAAUGAUGUCAGGAAAAUCCACAGAAAGUAAUAUUAAAGUAAAAUACUGCUAUUGCUGAAAUAAGAACAAAGUGCUGGAGAAAAUCAACAGGUCUGACAGCACCUCCAGAAAGCUGUGUAAUAUUUGAUGAUUGGCAGCUCCACCACCAGACUUGGUUUUAUGGAAGGGUUGUUCGGUUGCUGUCUGACCCUUGUUUGGAUCACAAUGUAAAUGCAAGUGUUUGUGCAGCAGGUGAAAUAUGCAUUCAAUUAUUAAAGCUUGGUAUCUGCGGAUACCAAUAACCCAAUCAAAUCAAUCGCAGCAUACAAAUUAAACCAUAAAUCAGGAUUUCCAAGCUGCCAUUAGUACCCCCAGCGGAAUUGUAGAAUUCACAAUCUCUGAGGUAAGUAGGGCUCAGUGGUUAGCACUGCUGCCUCACAGCACCAGGGUCCGAGGUUAGAUUCCAGCAUCUGACGACUGUCUGUGUGAAGUUUGCACAUUCUCCCCGUGUCUGCAUGGGUUUCUUCUGGGUGCUCCGGUUUCCUCCCACAAUCCAAAGAUGUGCAGGUCAGGUGAAUUGGCCAUGCUAAAUUGCCCACUCGUGUUAGUGUUAGGAGGGAAAUGGUUCUGGGUGAGGUACUCUUUGGAGGAUCCAUGUGGGUUGGGCCGAAGGGCCUAUUUCCACACUAAGGAAUCUAAUCAUAAAAAAACAAUAGCGGCUGUGGAACACACUGUUUUUGAGAGCUCAAGUUUUUUUUUGUUCUUAAUCAUCUGUUUUAAGUGGCUUGACUGCUGCCAUAACCACAGCUUGUAAAAAAAAAUAGGUAUUCAAUUUUUUCAAGGCAAAGUCAACAGUUGUAAAGCCCCUAUUUCUUUGCUGAAUGAUUCUCAAUGCCUCCAAAACCAAUCAACAAAUAUUUUUCUGCACCCCAACCAAACAUCUCACAACCCUCAUGAUCCUCGUCACUCUAUUCUCAAAGCCAUUCCUAUGCCAGGUCCUUUUCACUUUUCACUCUGGUAUUGCAAACAGUCUGUGGGAUAAAAAUAGGAUCAUAUUAGGAAAAUUUUUGGCAAUCACUGCCAUAAACAUUGACCAUAAUAGUAUGAAAUUAAGAAAUAGAUGGUGGCAUCCUAUAGAUUAAAUAAUAAGUGGCUACAGCUAUCAGACAUUCAUUGUAGAAUGUCUAUAGCAUGAUCUGCAGCUGCAGUUAUGGCCCUCUGGCAGUUACCAGGGUGGGGUGAAUUUAAAUUCAACGCAACAAUGAUGACUGGCAAGAGGCCAGCUCUGUUCAUUGUCUGGCCUUUGGCCUCAGUUGGAGGCUCAUAUGCUAUUUAUCAGGGAAAGUCAGAGAAAGCUCUUAUUGCUCCCCUCAGUAGGCAGUUUACAUGGCUAACUGCUCCUGGCAGGCCUGGCAGCCCUCUUCAAAAUAACUCAAAAGUGGUACAUUGGUAGCAGAACGCUUUGUUGGCAGGUAAUGGAAAGUUGUUGACACCUUGCCCUCCGAUCCUCUAAAUUCUCCACAAAAAAAAUCGACUCCCUUGUUUCAUCCAUUCAGGAAAAUCCUCCAACUCCCCGUAUUGAAGUGCCUAAUUGCCUUCUCCACAUUCAACUGUAUUUUGAAGUCAACUCUACAUUUGAUUAUUCUUUAUUUAAGGAAAAAUAUUCUAAUAGCUGUCCUAACCUUACCUUUUCCCAAUUUGAACCAUUACCACCUUAUCCUAAUCAGCAACUUAAAGAAACAUUUUCUUGAUGUAUGACCAAAUGAGCAAUACUUAUUUUAUCCAGACUUAAUACUCUCUUUGCAGUCUGCCCUUUCAUUAUGUAUGUACAAAUAAAACAAAUAUGAAACUGAACAGACUUGUUGGAAUUAUUAUGAAAGGCCUCUACUGUCAGAACUUAAUAUCUUUUUGAUAGUAAUUUUUAAGUAGCACAGUAUUACCCUCAACAGUUGGUGCCUGUUGAAUGUACUUCCCCAAAACUUGUUACAUUAAAAAUUAAGGAUAUUUAUUAGACAACAUCUUUGAUCAAAAAUAAACUUAAAGGACUGGAAUGCAGAUUGCAAGAAGCAGAGUUUAGAAGUUUCACUGUAGUAGGGAGAGUUGGGUUCAUAUUAAGUCCAAGCUGAGGGAAUUACUGACUCCUUCAAAAAUCAAAUUAACUUAAUAAACUUAAAUACAGUUUUUGAAGAAAAUUGGUUAAGAGAACUGAAUUUUCUAAAGUACAACACAAAUUGACACCUACAUUCAGAGGACCUUAAGAAUAAUGGUUGGAAUAUUAAAACUUCUCGUGGGAAAUUGCUAUUUGGAUAUUAAUGCAUGUUCUUUAGAAAUGGGGGAGAGUCUAUUUACGCUACAUUUGACUGUUAUUCUUUCCCCUGGAAUGUCUAGUGAUUGAAUGUUACUCCAAAGUAAAAGCAUGUUCUUUCCACAUCACUAACAUCUUUUUGCUUCAUGCACUUUUAAAACACAUUGUUCUCAAUAAUGUUGAAUAAUUAAUUGUUCACUUCCUCAGCAAAAUUCCCAGUUUGGAAGAGUU